UGGAGAGGAUGCUACAUCAGUAGAGGGACAUGUGAAAGUCCUGCAGGACCAGUAUAGAAGGACACAGCCAGAUACUCGCAUUGUUGAAGAGCGAAUGAGGAGGACAUUUGCCUGGAGGCGACAGGAGAUUGCUAGUGGUAUGACUGUUGAAGAUGCCGUCAACAAAUAUCCAUUCUUGAAGAGUCCAUCAGGGCUUUAUCAAGAAACUGGUUUCCUGCAUAAAUGUGUUCAUCUGAACCGCCACUUUCAAGAAAACUUUGGACACAUUACAUCCAGUGUGCUACGGCUUGCUCAAGGGAAAUCCCCUUUAGCAAAGCCGCACAAAGAAGCUCGAGAAGAAUCUCUCAUUGAAGACCAUCUUGGAAUUGAUUUUAAGGCAGCACUUCUCAUGUUGCCAGCCUUGUUCAGAGAGAAACUUGAACAUUUCAUUGUGCUUGGAGAGAGUGAACCAUCUUCACCAUAUUCAACUGUUCAAGUACAGGAGACCACUGACUGGAAAACUGUGAUUACAAGAAGAGUCACUGCAGUCAUCAAAGUUGAUGGGAUUGAGAUCUGCCGGGCGAGCGGUGUGGAUGAAGGGGCUCUUGGAGCAUUUUGUGCUUAUUUUGUCGUUAAUUUGACAUAUCCAUCUCAUUUGAAGAACACCCUGAUGUUUCUUCAGCGGUAUGUGUUGACACUUACUGUGGAUGAUGAUAAGCCUCUACCCACCCCAGUUACUAGAAUAAUCAACCUCUUACAGUAACAUCAGCAAAAAUGCCCCGCCUGUUCAGCUGCCCUAAAUGUUCUCGAAG